AUAUUGGUCUGAAAUUCUUCAUCUCAAAGACUGUAAUGAAAAUGGAGGUCUGUAGGGCCACAUCAAUUUCUUGGGCAAACUCCAUUUCUCCGCCUCACCAUUUUCCCCAAUCUUCCACAGUAUGGAAGUUUCAAAGAAUGACAACUUUCUGUGUUAGGUCAUCUCAGAAUCAGGGAGAUGAGAUGAUUGUUUCAGUAACCGGCGCCACGGGUUUCAUCGGUAAACGAUUGGUUCAAAGAUUGCACGCAGAUAAUCACCGUGUGCGAGUUCUGACGCGCUCUAAGUCAAAAGCCUUGUCGAUUUUUCCGGUGAGGGAAUUUCCGGGACUCAUAAUAGCAGAGGAAGCAGAGUGGAGAAACUGCAUUCAAGGCUCGACAGCUGUCGUAAAUCUCGCUGGAUUGCCUAUUAGCACCAGAUGGUCACCCGAUAUCAAGAAAGAGAUCAAGGAAAGCAGGAUUAAAGCAACUUCCAAAGUUGUCGAUUUAAUUAACGGUUCGCAAAACGAACGUCGUCCAAAGGUUCUGAUCAGUGCAACAGCAGUCGGCUACUACGGCACUAGUGAAACGCGAGUCUUUGACGAGCAAAGUCCGUCGGGAAAUGAUUACCUAGCUGAGGUAUGUAGAGAAUGGGAAGCAUCGGCUCUAAGAGUCGACAAAGAUGUUAGACUAGCGUUGAUUCGUAUUGGUGUUGUUCUUGGUAAAGAAGGCGGUGCUUUAGCUAAAAUGAUACCCCUCUUCAUGAUGUUUGCUGGUGGGCCUUUGGGAACCGGAAAGCAAUGGUUUUCGUGGAUUCAUGUUGACGACUUAGUAAACUUGAUCUACGAAGCUCUAUCGAACCCUUCUUAUAAAGGAGUGAUAAACGGUACAGCACCGAACCCUGUUCGACUAUCGGAGAUGUGCGAUCAAUUGGGGUCCGCUUUGGGAAGGCCCUCUUGGCUGCCUGUACCAGAUAUUGCCCUCAAAGCUGUUCUUGGUGAAGGUGCUUGUGUGGUUCUUGAAGGACAAAAGGUGCUCCCAAAAAGGGCAAAGGAACUCAGUUUCUCAUUCAAAUAUCCCUACAUUAAAGAUGCUCUCAGAUCAAUCAUGUCUUGAGAGAAAAAAUAUUUGUAUUUAUUGUUUUAUUUUAAAUAAAUAAAUUGUUUUCUACAUUUUUUUCUUAAAUAAAUAAUUAUGUUGCUGGGAAGAUGUAGAAUGUGAACUAAUUAUAAAUUAUAUAUCUUCGAUUAUACAUAAAAAUAAGCACAUUGUUAGAGAAU